GAAAGAAGCGUUCUUACGAGCUCGCCAUGCACGCACAUCUGGACGCCCAUGCGGAUCGCGACGCGAUCGCCGCGACUAUGCCGCUAGACAACAAGACGGGGCCGUGGUGGAAAGAUCACGGGCUGCGCCGACUGAACAUCCUCCUUUUCAUCCCGCUGAUGAGCGAGUAUGUCCAGGGCUACGACGCGAGUUUGAUCAAUAAUAUACAGCAACUUUCCGUGUGGAGGGCGGAAUUUCAUGAUCCCAAGGGCAGCCUUCUCGGGAUAUUAAGCGCGUCCUACUGGAUCGGAAAUAUCUUAGGCGUCUUCUUUAUCGCCUUCUUCUCCGACGGAUAUGGACGACGAGCUGCCAUGUUUAUGGGUUCUGCUAUUUGUAUAGUGGGAACGGCACUAGUAACAGGAGCAGUCAAUGCUGGCAUGUUCAUUGCCGGUCGCCUCCUCUUGGGAAUUGGUGGCGUCGUUGUUGGCGCCAUUGGUCCUGUAUUGAUGGCCGAGCUGGCGUACCCUAGCCACCGUGCUACUGCUACAGCGAUGUCAAACACGCAGUAUAGCAGCGGCUCCAUUGUUGCAUCUUGGAUCACUUUCGGGAGCUUCCACAUGGCCACAACUUGGUCAUGGCGUCUACCGUCGAUCUUCCAGGCGCUACCAUCUAUUUUCCAAGCCAUUGGCAUUUUCUUCUUGCCCGAAAGCCCUCGUUGGCUCAUCUCUCAAGGCAGGGAAGACAAAGCUCUCGAUAUCCUCGCCCACUACCACGCGAACGGUGACCGGAAUGAUGAAGUCGUACAAUACGAGUAUCAUGAAAUGCUCUCUACCAUCGAGCUAGAGCUUGCUGCAAAGCAGACCAAAUGGUCGGAAUUAUGGCGGACUCCUGGUAAUCGUUGGCGCAGCUUCAUCAUGAUCUGGUGCGGUAUUUGCAAGCAAUGGAGCGGAAAUGGUUUGGUGUCCUACUAUCUGCACAGUAUGCUCAACAGCGCCGGCAUCACCGCGGAGCUGCACCAGACGCUCAUCACGGCUACUAGCCAGAUGUUCAGCUUGGCAUGCAGUAUUGCAUUUGCAUUUCUGCCUGAGCGCGUCGGCAGACGUCCACUCCUGCUCUGGAGCAUGGCCCUCAUGUGGGUAGUAUUCACGCUCAUCACCAUCUGCACCGGCCUCUUCGUCGAAAAAGGCCCCACCUGGUCGGGCUCCCACUCCGCCUCCUACGCCUCCGUCGCAUUCAUCUACCUCUACAGCGGCGUGCACAACCUGGGCUGGACCGGCGCGAUGAUGGUCUACGUGACCGAAGUGCUGCCAUACACGCUGCGCGCCAAGGGCAUCGCGCUGUUCUGGCUGCUGACGGGUGCGGCCGGCGCGUUCAACACGUACGUUAACCCCCUCGGGCUCGAGGCGUUCAAUUGGAAGUUCUACUGGUUCUAUGUUGCGUGGAUCGCGGUUGAGUUUGUUGUCGUCUAUGUCUGGUUCAUUGAGACUAAGGGGCCGAGCUUGGAGGCCGUUGCGAGAUUGUUUGAUGGCGGGGAUGCGAGGGUGGGGGAUGGGAGGGGGGAUGGGGAGAAGGAGAAGGUUGAGAGAGUUGAGGUGUUGGAUGAGAAGAGGAAGGAAGAGGAGAAGUAAUGGUGGGUGUGGUGUUUGGUGAGAUUGUAGGUUGCUAUAUGUUGCUCCUUUUCGAGAGGUUUGUUAUGAAAAAGCCCAGUAUAGCUAAUUGUAUCUGCUUACAACUGCACAAAGAGCUCUGUUGUGAACACGACAGAUCCAUCUAGUCAGUUAAUCAAUACUAGCGUGUUUGUCCAAGUAUAU